AGGCUGCGUGUCUCCUCAGAUGCUGAGGGAGUAGCUGAGGAAGGAGGGUGGGGGCAGCAGACGCACACACAUACAAAAAAAAAAAAAAAGAUUUCAGCACCGGAGCUGUCCGUUCUGCUCUUGGAGAAGACUCUAUUCGUGCUGAAGGGAGAAGAAGAGGAAGAAGCUGGUGAUUUUUCUUUUCUCUGCGGGACUGCUGAGGAGGAUAACAAACAGCUGGUACCAUCCAUCUCCCUUCGGACGGAGGCGAGGAAAAAAAGGCGCACAGACUUCAUUCGCGUCUUGCCAUGCUGGACGGCCGGGCUUGAGACAGAGAGGAUAAAGUCUCAUCCCCCUCUCCUUACCCCCUCCCCAAUCCCCUCAAAAUAGGUUGAACACCAGCCUUGUCUUUAACGCCAUGGGAGUGCUAAUGUCAAAGAAGCAGCAGGUGGAGAAGGUGCAGAAAUGCAACGCUGUCGUCUCUGCCUUCCAGGCGGGCAUCAAGGAUCGCGCUGUCGCAGUCAAGCAGCCAGACGGAGAUGCAGAGGAAGGUGAGGGGCCUGUCAAGGCUUCAGCCAAUCCUGAGGAAAAGAACACAGAGGAGGCGGAGCAAGAGGAGACGGACAAUAGUGCAAGUCCGUCCACCUCCCAGCAGGCCUCAGCUCCGGCGAGAGAUGAGUGUAAAGUCAACCAGGAGGCUUGGUCAAGGUUACGGGAUGGGAAAGGAGUCGAGCCGGAAGACCUAGACAAGAGCCAUCAGCUCACGCCGCCUGCUUUCGUGCGACCCAAAAGGGAAGCCGAUGAUGACCAGCCCGUAGAGGUGGAGCUGGAAAAGAAAGAGCAGCCACCGAGCGACGAGAUGUGCGAUGUGUGUGAGGUGUGGACGGCUGAUGACUUGUACCCCUGCCGGAUCUGCACUCGAGUGUUUCACGACGGCUGCCUGAGGGAGCUGGGCUACCUGCGUGCCGAGGCCUUGCAGGAGAUGAGAGAUACAGCCCACACUGUUACUGGCUGGAGCUGCUACUAUUGUGACAAUCUGAAUCUACUCCUGACAGAGGAAGAGAUGUACAGUCUCAUGGAGACCUUCAAGCAGUGCAAGAUCAUCCCAGAGUCAUGCCUGGUGUCAGAUGAGCUGCUGCAGUACCGCCACUUUGUAUCCAAGCAGCAGUUUGAUAAGGACCUAACUGAUGAGCAAGAGGAGGAAGUCCUGGCCCAGUUUGCUGCGCUGGAUCCAGAGAAGAAGGGUCACAUUGAAUGGUCGGACUUUCUCUACUUUGAGUCUCUGGCUGUGUUGAAGAAGUUUCGCACCGAGAACUCUCUGGUACGUCUGCUGACCGCCAAGGAAAGAGACAGUGCGAGGUCAGUGUUCCUGGGUCUUGCCCUGGAUAAAGACGGUGUGAUCACAAGAGCAGAAUGCCGUCAGGCCCAGCAGUCCUGGUUCAACAAGCUCAACAAAGACUCACAGUCUUGCAAUGUGAGACUCAUGGGAUUCUGCUCUCCUAUGAAUUGUGGUAUAAGUAACGUUGGCCCCAUAUGCGAGAGCAGUCCGACCAGCUCUGGCAGUGAAAGGAGCAAGACUGAUGAGAGCAGAGGAGCUCAGUACAAAGGUUAUCUGGCGUGUCCUACAGAGAGUGCAUCAGGGCCAGCUGCUGGCGGAGGUGCUGCGGUGCGGCCGGCUGUUGCUGUGUGA